UUUUCACAUCUCACCAAUCCGAUCCCAUUCGAUUUCGAGUUCAAAUCGCCCCCCGGAGGAGCCGUCGCGCUUCUCCCGAACCCCUCGCCUCCCAAACCCUAGUGAGAGCAGCAGCAGCCGCCCUUGCCAUGGCGCCGAGCUCCCCGUCGUCCGCCGCCCCCACGCGCGUCUCCGAGCGGAAGCGCGCCGCCAAGGCCGAGGAGGUCUGCCAGAUCCAGGAGGACGAGGAGGAGGCCCUGGUGGCGUCCUCAGCCAAGCGCCGCCGCGGGGCGUCCGCCGGGACGAAGCCCAAGCCGCCCAAGGCGGGGCGGAAGAAGAAGGCGGAGGCCGAGAGGACGGAGCCCGUGGAGGACGACGUGUGCGCCGAGGAGCCGGACGAGGAGGAGAUGGCCAUGGGAGAGCAGGAGGCGGCGGAGGCCGAGGCCGAGGAGCAGGAGGCGGCCGCGGCCCCCGCGGGGUCUCCGGGGAAGAAGAGGGUGGCGCAGCCCAGGAAGAGGGGCGCCGUCGCGGCCGGGGACCACGAGCCGGAGUUCGUCGGCGAGCCCGUCCCCGCCGCCGAGGCGCGUACCAAGUGGCCCAAGCGCUACGACCGCAGCGCCGCCGCCAAGAGGCCGGAGGAGGACGAGGAGCUCAAGGCCAGGUGUCACUACCGGAGCGCCAAGGUGGACAACGUCGUCUACAGCCUUGACGACGAUGUCUACGUCAAGGCUGGAGAAAAUGAGGCUGAUUAUAUUGGCCGCAUUACUGAAUUUUUUGAGGGGACUGACCACUGUCAGUAUUUUACUUGCCGUUGGUUCUUCCGUCCUGAGGAUACGGUUAUCAAUUCCUUGGUGUCCAUAGAUGUUGAUGGCCAAAAGCAUGAUCCCAGACGUGUUUUUCUUUCUGAGGAAAAUAAUGACAAUGUGCUCGAUUGCAUCAUCUCAAAAGUCAAGAUAGUCCCUGUUGAUCCAAAUAUGGAUCCAAAAGCCAAGGCUCAACUUAUAGAGCAUUGUGACUUGUACUAUGACAUGUCUUACUCUGUUGCGUACUCUACAUUUGCUAAUAUCCCAUCAGAAAAUGGGGCAUCAGGCAGUGAAACUACUUCUGGUAUUUCUGAUGAUGCGGAUUUGGGGAUGUCAUCACAUAUGCCAGGGAGAACAGCAACCCUGCUUGAUCUGUAUUCUGGCUGUGGGGGCAUGUCCACUGGGCUUUGCUUGGGUGCAGCACUUGCAGGCCUCAAACUUGAAACUCGAUGGGCUGUUGAUCUUAACAGCUUUGCAUGCCAGAGUUUGAAGUACAAUCAUCCACAAACUGAGGUUCGGAAUGAGAAAGCCGAUGAGUUUCUUGCUCUCCUUAGGGAAUGGGCAGUUCUUUGCGACCAGUAUGUCAACAAAGAUGUGUGUUCGGAUUCAACAGUCCCAGAGGAUCAAGAAGAUGAUGACAGUACUCUUGAUAAGGAUGAAUUUGUUGUAGAGAAGCUUAUUGGGAUAUGUUAUGGUGGCAGUGGCAGGAAAAAUGGGAUCUAUUUUAAGGUCCAAUGGGAAGGAUACGGUCCUGAAGAGGAUACAUGGGAACCCAUCGAUAACCUCAGUGACUGCCCACUGAAAAUUAAAGAAUUUGUACAAGAAGGUUACAGGAGGAAAAUUUUGCCAUUGCCUGGUGAUGUUGAUGUCAUUUGUGGAGGCCCACCAUGCCAGGGGAUCAGUGGGUUUAAUCGAUUCAGGAACCGAAAUGAGCCCCUUAAAGAUGAGAAAAAUAAACAAAUGGUUACUUUCAUGGAUAUUGUGGCAUACUUGAAACCCAAGUAUGUUCUCAUGGAAAAUGUUGUGGACAUACUCAAAUUCGCUGAUGGCUACCUAGGACGAUAUGCUUUAAGCUGCCUGGUCGCUAUGAACUACCAAGCACGGCUUGGAAUGAUGGUGGCUGGCUGUUAUGGUCUGCCACAAUUCCGGAUGCGUGUUUUCCUUUGGGGUGCUCUUUCUUCCAUGGUGCUCCCAAAGUACCCUCUUCCUACACAUGAUGUUGUUGUGCGUGGAGGGGCUCCUAAUGCUUUUUCUCAAAGCAUUGUUGCAUAUGAUGAAACUCAAAGGCCUUCCUUAAAAAAGGCCUUACUUCUUGGUGAUGCUAUUUCAGACUUACCGCAGGCAAGUCCUUUUGCAAGUUUCAUACAUUGUGCAACCUGUACAUGCAAUCUAAUUUUGUUUCUGCAGGUAGAGAAUUAUCAGCCUCAUGAUGUAAUGGAAUAUUCUUCUUCCCCCAAGACAGAAUUCCAGCGCUAUAUUCGGCUUGGUCGUAAAGACAUGUUGGAUUGGUCCUUUGGGGAGGAGGCUGGUCCAGAUGAAGGCAAACUGUUGGAUCACCAGCCCUUACGGCUGAAUAAUGAUGAUUAUGAGCGUGUUCAGCAGAUUCCUGUUAAGAAGGGAGCCAAUUUCCGAGACCUCAAGGGUGUAAAGGUCGGAGCAAACAACAUAGUUGAGUGGGAUCCAGAAAUCGAACGUGUGUACCUGUCGUCUGGGAAACCCCUGGUUCCAGAUUAUGCGAUGUCAUUCAUCAAGGGGAGGUCACUUAAGCCAUUUGGGCGCCUGUGGUGGGAUGAGACAGUUCCUACCGUUGUGACCAGAGCAGAGCCUCAUAACCAGGCUAUAUUGCAUCCGACUCAGGCAAGAGUCCUUACAGUCCGGGAGAACGCAAGGUUGCAGGGCUUCCCUGAUUACUACCGAUUGUUUGGUCCGAUCAAGGAAAAGUACAUUCAAGUCGGCAAUGCAGUGGCUGUCCCUGUUGCCCGGGCACUGGGCUACUGUCUGGGGCAAGCGUUCCUGGGUGAAUCAGAGGGGAGCGGCCCACUGUAUGAGCUGCCUGCAAGUUUCACCUCUGUGGCGAGUGUGGCUCAUGCGAGGGCUUCCUCUGUUAGCACUCCUGCAGGGGAGGUGAUUGAGCAGUAAAAAGAAAGCAGAACUGAGCAAGGAAAGACCAGAGCAAGUCUGGUUGGGUUUGAUUUGGGUCCAUCCAAGAGCAUGCUACUAAUAAUCAUGCCAUCUUGUUCUAGUUCAUAAGAUUGGAUUGAUGAAUGUAGGCAUGGCGGCAGUCGAGUUGGAGUGCUUGUUGUACUGUAUGGUGCGGUGUCAAAACAUUAAUUGGUGGAGACCCUUCUCAUGUCUUCUCAAUUGAGCAGUCUGCUGAUUUGAUGCUGUGUAUCAUGUAUGUGUAUUCAGACCAACCAUUCAUCUAAUUGAUCGAUGUAAGGAGAACCAACUGAUGUGUAAUUGUGUUCAACGAAAGUAAUGUACUCCCUCUGUUCCAAAUUAUUAA